GUGAAACUAAAGUGAUUUUUGCGAAUAUGGGGUUACCUCGUGUAUAUUUUGAUAUAUCGGCUGAUGAUAAAUCAUUAGGUCGUAUCAUAAUGGAAUUACGAACAGAUAUAGUUCCAAAAACAGCAGAAAAUUUUCGCGCCCUUUGUACGGGAGAAAAAGGUUUUGGAUAUAAAGGAAGUAUCUUCCACCGAGUAAUUCCUAAAUUUAUGUGUCAAGGUGGAGACUUUACUAAUCAUAAUGGCACGGGAGGAAAAUCAAUUUAUGGAGAAAAAUUUGAAGAUGAAAAUUUUGAAUUAAAACACAUUGGUCCUGGCAUAUUGUCCAUGGCAAAUUCUGGACCUAAUACCAAUGGUUCACAAUUUUUUUUAACUACUAUAAAGACUACUUGGUUAGAUAAUAAACAUGUAGUUUUUGGUUCUGUUGUGGAUGGUAUGGGUGUAGUAAAAAAAAUUGAAAGCUAUGGUUCUCAAACUGGAAAAACUCAUCAAAAAAUUGUGAUUACUAAUUGUGGUCAACUCUAAAAUAUUUUAGUAAUAUAAUUAUUUAUAAUAUAUUGUAUACAUA